GAGAGCAGAAGUGAGCUGUGCAAGGAGGAUGUGCAGAGGUUCACAGCCACCAGUUGGGGGACAGCUGGCUGCUUCUGGGGCAAGGUCCUUGCCAGGGCUCACAUCAGUCUCAGUCCCCUGAUCCCUGCUGUGAUCUGGACACUCCUCUGGACACCCUGCAGCAGAGAGAGCUCAGACCAGACUGCUUCACUGGGGAGAGGAGGGAGCACCACUGGCCUCGCUGACAAGCCCCACUGUGUCACCUACUCCUUGACAGUGGUUAGUGGCCUCUUGGAAGAAGCCUUUUCCCACAGGCCUCCUCAAUCUGCUGAAGAAGGGCCAUGUCUGCCUUUGGUCAGAGGAACCAGAGCAUGCAGCACACAGAGCCUGAGAUGGACUACAUCACCCCUCAGGUGAAACCAAGGGGUGAGAUGUUUGUCUUUAUUGAUGGGAAAUGGGUGAAUGACAUCUUCUCCCAGCCACCCUUUCCUUCCCGCCAGAAACCCUUUAGCAGGAAGGCACAGAAUGAGUGGAGCAUCUGGGAGGAGAACAGAGCACUCUGGCAGGAAAACCAGGUCCUCUGGAUCAAAAACAGGAUGCUCUGGGAAGAAAACAAGGCCCUACAAUAUCUCCAGUCACAGAACAAAUCUGUCCAGGUAAUUUAUACUGAUGCUAUUCAGCAAAGCCUCAAGAACAAAAAUAAACCAUUUCCACUCUUCCAAGAGAGAAACAGAACUUUUCAGUUCAGCCCAGGCAACAAAGCUCUCCAGGCAGUCCAGGAAAAGAAUAAAAUCUUUGAGGAUUUCCAGCAGGAGAAUAAAGCACUCUCUGUUACCUGGAAAGGCCAAAAAGCCGUCACUGUCCAUGAAGAGAGGAAAGAGGCCAGCUCAGAUCUUCAGAAGAACACUGACACCAUUGCAGCUGUGGAAAAGGGUAACCCUGGCCCAGACCCCCAGCAGAAACAUGAAGGUAAAAGGAAGAGCACUACUCCAGCUCAGAAUGAGUCUGCCCCAGCUAUGCCAGGAGAGCAUGAAAUCCUCCGGGUUCUCCAGGACUUACGUGAGCUCCUCCACACCUUCCUGAAAAUGAACCAUCCUCCUGGGGAGAAACAGUGCUGUCACAAUCUCUGUGAUGUGAACAGAUCCUUCCAAGAAGAUUACAAUAAACUGAAGCUGCAGCUGAAUGCUGUGAGGAACACUGUGUCAGACAUUACAGCCCAAAUGGAUAUGCUGGAAAGGGAGAUCAUUGCUAUCACUUCCCCAAUGUAUGAAGAAGCAGGGCAGAAGCAGGAAACUGAGCAUCAGCUUGGAGGCAUGUGAAGCUUGUGGAUAAGAACUCCUAGCUCAGAUCCCAGAAAGCUUCUUUCCUUUUUUCAGGAAACCUAAUAAAAUCCCAACAGAGCCUGAAGAUAUCUGGGGAACAUCAUGUUUUUCUGGAACUUUCUUGCACUACUUAGAUAUAUUUCACCUUCUGGUUAUAUGGUGUGGGUGACUGUCAUGAAUUUGCCUAGUAUCAGGAAUCAUGUUUUUCAGCAUUUUUUUUCAAAGUUUCUGAUAAUAAGGCCUAGAUUUUCAGAAGGUAAUUGCUUGAGGAUCUCAACUCUGAUUACAGUGUGCCAGCUUGUAGCCCAAGGACAUAUUCACAGUUGCUAAGUAGAGUUGAUUAAUAAAGGAGGAUCCCUCCUGCCAGACAUUGUGGUGGGGGCCACAGGGGAGAAUGGAGCAGGCAGCAGGACUUUUCCUGCACAGAGCAGUGAGGUCCCUCUUGAUUACUUGCAUAGUCAGACAAAGCAGGUUUUUAGCUGCCCCCAGAACAAGAAAGUAGGUUGCCAAAAGCAACGUUUUGAUGGCUGUUCCAUGCUUAAGCCAGUAUUUAGAAGGGCAUCUACUCACACUACAAUGGAUAAGCAAGUCUCCAGUGAUCUGCUGACACAGAAGAUGAGAGCCUUUCAAUCUGCUCAGGUUUGAAAUUCUGGUCUAGUCUCAAUUGUGUGGCCAGACUGGCUGGAAAUGCAUUUCCUCUGUCUUGGACAGUGUGGAUGCAGUGCACUUUGUCACAAUCUUUCAGGCAGAAUAUGGGAGCCUUUAAGUAAUCUGACAAGACAGAGGCAGGGAGACUUCUGCAGAGCAAUUGUAGGAGCAUUACUGUAAAGCAAAGGAGAGGUUACAGUGAGGUUUAUCUGUUGCAACAGGACCCCAAAAGCAGGCUGUCUCUCUAGUUUAAAAGUCUCUAAGUGAUUUGGCACCAAAUUGCCUAAAGCAUGAGCUAUCUUUCACCUUGUAUUUGUCAGACAACACCAUGCCAUCUACAAGUGAUGACUGUUUACUUCAGAGGCUUGAAACAACCGGUGUUUUCUCCUGCUGUUCGGGCUUUGGGAUGCUGAGGCAAAUCUCUCACACUUGAAGUUAAAUGGCUGGCUCUCGGUGGUGUGGGUGGGGCUGCAUCUGUAAAGACCAGGUGAGAGGAAGAGGAGCAAUGUUCAUUAAUAGGUGGAUGUGCAGACAGCAAGUUGCUCCUGCUUAAUGACUGGGUUGCAGCUAUUGAUAGAUAAAUGCCUCAGCACUGUGCUGGGGAACAUGUUCCUGUUCUGUGCCUUCAGGCAUGCUGCUUUUCUCUUUGCAUCUCCCUCACCAGGCUUGAACAUAAUGUUUGGUGAGAGGGAGAAACAGGACUGUGAAGGCCCUGAUGUGGAGGUUCAGAGGAGCUUAGCAGUAGUAAAAAGCUCUGAUCAUGUGUUCAUAUCUCAACAAACUAAUUUGUGUUCCAUCAGAAGAAAACUCUUUUGCCAGUGGUCAGAAUACUGACUCCUGCCAUGUCCCUGUACAUGAGCAAGAAAGACACUUGGGAGUGCAUCUUUCCAGCAGGUGUUUGGGAGGAGUCAUCCCAUCUAAUGUCAGGUGUCAUCCAGGACAGGACAUCCAGAUCUCAGCUGGUCUCCCUGGGCUUCCUUUCUAUCCUGCAGUAAGGAAUGAGCACGUUCAGGCUGUGAUUAAUCUGGCCUACUAUUAGACUAAAAGUAGGAUGUGUCACCAGCUGGAGUCCCUUGUUUCUCUCUGUUGUCUCUAUAAUUACUUCGAGGACAAUUAACUCCAACUUAGACAUUUGGUUUGGAGCUCUCUGUGUGAGAAACUUGGCAGUUCCAGGCAGAGGAGAUGCUUCAUCAAAUGAUGAAGUGGUACAAGCUUGGGAGUGUGUCCCAGUCCCUGGCUUUGCUUUCUGUGAGAUGCCUUCAUUAAGCAGCUGACUCAAAUCUCUCUAUUGUGCAGAGAAAUUAUUACUUUGUGAAUAAAAUUGAGUUAGUUUGGGCAGAGCUUAAAUAUCAUGCACACAUGUAGGAUCCUGAGGGGAGCACACUAUUUCUCCUGAAUGCUAAUGAUGUUUCUGGAAGGAAUUUGGUUUUCUGAGUCCUUUGCACUUUGUUCACUACUUUGGAUGUUUGAUCUUCCUGGUUUUAAAAAAAUCUUUACCUGGUAUAUACUUUUUGGCAUCUCUCACAGAGAAGUUGAAUUUCUCAUUCCUUCAAGUUUUCUCAAGUCUAUCAGUGAGAUGACUAUGUCCAUAAAACACUGCCCAGCACUUAGCCUUGCAGAGGACUCUGUGCUGCUCAAACUCUCUGUCCUGGUUUAGGGCAAAUUUGGGAGGAAACCUCCAAAGUAGUACCUCUAGAAAAAAAAUUCAAGUGGCCCCUCCCCCAAGCAAUGUGGGAGACAUCUCCAGAGUGUGUGCAGGUGAGAAUGGUUGGACUGACAGCUCUUGCAGUACAAAUGGAACGAAGUGCAACAGCAGGCAUUUACAGGAAGAACUUAUUAACUAUCAUAAAAUUUAGGCAGGUU